UUUCGUCCAUAAACUUAUUAAAACGUGUCAGACACGAAAACAAAGACAAAGGCUAACUACUAUACAUAUGUAUAUAUCCGUACUGCUGCACAUAUGUACCUGUUGUGUUGCAUAACUCAUUAACAAGAAUAACAGUAACAAAGGCUGGGCGAACACGUUUGUAUAGGCAAGAUAUCCGUGGUAGAAGAAAUACCUGUUGGCAAAUCAUAGGCCAAAGCUAUUGUCAUAGACAUGACAGGGAAGAUGCGUAUGCUUGGAAGUCGUAAGUAUUUAAUUGCCGUCGGACAAGAUUUCUAUUCCACAACGACAAUAAAACCACAAAGUUCCACAACCAAGGCUGAUAUUCCAGACCUGAUUUUGUUCUACGCCUCGCCAGUCAUCACCCUCAUCAUUCUAAUACUUUUAGUCGCCUGCCUCACCCAUAGUAUCCGGUCGUGUCAAAGAAAAUUUGCAAGAACUCCUACUCCAACAUUACCAACAAUAUCUGCUAUUGUGCAAAACGGAACGGAUGCAGACCCUCCCCCGCCAUACACUUUUACAGACGUGACACAGGAUGUAUCUAAAUCGGAGGUGUCGGUUUCAAACUGUCCACCAUAUACGAAGGAUCCACCAACCUACCUAGAAUUGACAGUUUCACCACAGAUGACGCAGUCCUGACCUUCCUCGAGCUUGCCACAUUGUUGUACAUAUACUAUGUAUUAUUAUUGGAUAUUCAAUUUAUUUAUAUUAAUUGUUAUGUAUUUAUUUAUAAUAAAAGGAUAGUUUUCUAUCCAAUCGAACUGA